AUGAGCAUCCUGAUGUCGAUUCUUCUUUUCUGGUAUGUGGCAGUGGACCAUCAAGCCUUCAAGAACACCAAGGAGAAGAAGCCGCGCUGGGCGGUCUCUGAGCUGAAGACCGGCCGCUUCCGUGGCGUCGCCAAGGUUUGCGCCGCCAUGGCGCCCAUUUGCACGGCCGGCUGCGUCAUGCAAUAUCGGUUGAGUAUUCAAAACUUCGAGCGUGUGGGUGGAAUCCUGAAGCAGACUUUGUCGAUGUUGGCGAAGGAGUCCGGAGAGGUGCAAAUGCCCUGGGGCUGCGUUUGGUACCUGAUCAUCGCCCUGGUCCAACUGGCCCUAGCCAUCGGCCUACUGCGUGGCCCACUGCGGAAGCCGGAGAUCCCACUGGCCAUGGACGUGGUGGACAUCCAACUGGAGACCUGGAGGACGCGGCAAGAGGAGAUGUCCUCCCAAGCUGCUUCCAGCAGCACCACCUGGCCCCAAACGACGCCGCCGCCCUUGCCGCCCACCCCCACGCCGCGACCGCCCUGGCGCCCGGCGAUGCCGCGGCAGCCGUGGCUGCGGCCGCCAGCGCGGUGGCCCUGGGGACAGCAGCAGCCGAUGGCGCCGCCGGCACCGGCGCCGGUGCAACCACCAGGAUGGAGAUAA